UCGAUAUAGAUUUAAUAGUUGCCGGUGAAUGCUUGCGACGACAAGCAAAGAGUGGUCUUCUCUUGUUUCGCUCAUUUUCUUAUAGUCAUUUUUCUUCGUCAAUCAAAAUCAUGAUACACAGUUGGAUUAUAUUUUCUAUUACGUAGUCAAUAUAGAACAAUUUAAAUACGAAUAUAAACUUAAAAUGUAUACAACAAUCGGAAGCAGUAAAGUGCAUAAAAUGCAUACGAAUGCAGUAUUAAUUUCACUAUUACUGUCACGUCGCAUCAAGGACCAUGCAGCAAGUGAAUGAAAUUAAACGACCAUCGAUGAAAUCGCUAUGGACCGAUUGAUUAAUAUAACAUGUAAACAUUUUAAUAUGACAAUUGUAAACAAGCAAAAUAUAAUGAUUUUCUAUACAUAAGCAAUCAACUGUACAAGGAGAAACAAUAAAUAUUAUCAAAUGCGGUGCAGAAUAUAUAUAAUGCUUGUCUCUUUAUUAAGAUAAUCAACUCUUUUAUUUAAUAUCAUGGUUCAGCAACGAUUUCCAAGUUUUGAUGGUGGACGAAGUGGACGCCGCUUUGUUAUAACUCUGUCAGCUGGCACAGUCAUUGGCUUUUUAACAGCAUGUCUUCUUUUUUCUUCUGCUGGAGAAAUAUCUCAUAUAUUUACACGAAUUCCUGGAAGUUCAUCUCUGAUAAGAGACCCGCAUCAUUAUUCAGAACUUGAACCAGAGGUUGGGCCUGAGAUAGAAGUAAAAUUUCACAAUGAAAAUGAAGAUUUUCAUAAAGGAGAAGAUAAGGUAGCACAAGUAUUAGCAAAAAAAGUUCGUGUCCUUUGUUGGAUUAUGACUGGACCAAAAAAUCAUCAAAGUAAGGCUCGGCAUGUUAAAGCCACAUGGGGAAAACGCUGUAAUAUUCUUUUAUUUAUGAGUUCUGCGGAAGAUGUAAGUUUACCCACUGUAGUGCUACCAGUAAAAGAAGGCAGAGAUAAUCUGUGGGCUAAAACCAAAGAAGCAUUUAAAUAUGCUUAUGAAAAGUACAAAGAUCAAGUAGAUUGGUUCAUGAAGGCUGACGAUGACACGUACGUUGUGGUUGAAAAUCUCCGUUACAUGCUAUCAUCUUACAACCCAAGUAUGCCAUUGUAUUUUGGAUGCAGAUUCAAACCUUUUGUAAAGCAAGGAUAUAUGAGCGGAGGUGCUGGAUACGUAGUUAGCAAAGAAGGUCUUCGUAAAUUCGUAACGGAAGGUCUUCCCGACAAAACCAAGUGUCGUGCUGAUAACGGUGGUGCGGAGGAUGUCGAAAUGGGAAAGUGUCUAGAAAAAAUUGGCGUUCGCGCGAUGGAUACUAGAGACUCGCAUGGCCGUGGAAGGUUCUUUCCAUUUGUGCCAGAGCAUCAUUUAAUACCUAAUCAUGUGGAUAAAAAUUUUUGGUACUGGAAAUACAUCUAUUAUGACACCAAAGAUGGAUUCGAUUGCUGUUCCGAUAGUGCGAUAUCGUUUCAUUAUGUUUCGCCGAAUAUGAUGUACGUCCUUGAAUAUUUAAUAUAUCACUUAAGACCAUAUGGCAUUAACCAUGGCUUGGAAAAUCCUUUGCCAGAAAUGCCAUCUACAUUGACCGAAUACUAGUCUAUACUUUGUCAAAAUUAGAAAGUAUGGAAGAAGAGAUACGUAUAUACAUUUAUAUAUAUAUAUAUAUAUAUAUAUAUCUUUUUUCUAUAUGCAUUGCUAGUCUGUUCCAACCAUCAAUUUGAACAAGUUGAUAGCAUGAAUAGUAUAGAACAUUAUAUAAAAUACAAAAACAUGUGAUAAAUUAUACUUCGUCAUAUUAACACGUUUAUACGAAUGUAAUUUCAAUAUUAGGAAGUUGUAGUCCUACUAAAAUUUCUAGUUGUACAAGAUGCAAUGACGCCUUGUUCUUUACCUACAUUCAUCAAAUAAAAUUCUAAUAUGUCUCUUUCUAUUUUAGUUUGUUGUAUUUUGUUUCUAUUAAAGGUUGUAAAUGGUUAAAUACGUGUACGUUGUUGCAUCAAGUGUAACCGUUUAAGCGAAGGCUGCAGACACAAUGAAUUAAAAUAGAGAUGAGGCUAUUAACCAAAUAAAAUGGGAAACAUACUUUGUAGAAAAAUGUUAAUGGUAAGCACAAUUUAGGAGACUAGACUACUAGAGUAAUUAAGAAAUUAGUGAUCUCAACAAAGUAACAUACAAACUCUUUCUAUAAAAGCACAAUUUAACGAAUUAGUGCCACAAUAGACCAUUGCUGGGAGAAUCCUUGUUUCUUUGCUAGUCGCACUACUGUGCUUCACGCGUUCUAGUCUCAUCGCUAACCUCGUCACUAUCAACUUUAUUAUGUUUGCUGCCUUGGACUAUGUCCAAUGUGCACCAACAAUCAACGUGUACAAAUAUAUCCAUACGAUAUUAUGCUAAGACGUAACAAUUGGAAAUGUUUACUUGCAUAUGUGCAGCUUGUACCGAUGAAAGGAAAAUAAAAUAAAUUUAUUAUAGGCUCCAACUCAAUGAGGUUACUCUAAAUUAAAAAAAUAUUAUAAUUUUUGAUUUAUAAUUUUUGAUUGACAGGAAGAAUCGCAUGUACAGGAUACACACGUACAUUUUGGUUGUUUAUACAUUGAACAUAGUAUAAGAAUGAGGAUAGGUAUAUAUUGCAAGCAUAGCAGAAAUUUGCUAAUCCUUCAGUCCAAAAUUUUAUUCAAAUUGGUACACUCUUAGGGAUCGUUUUAAGCGUACCAUAUUGUUACAUAACAUGGUAACAUUGUAAUUAUUAUCUAAUGUGUGAACUGAAAGAUGAUGUAUAUCUUAUGUGAAUAUACAUGCCAUAAGAAAUAAAACCUUGUUUUUAAUGACA